AGCGCAGAGUAAAACCGCGGGGUGGGAGUUAGUGCUCGUCGCGGAGCUUCGGUGCGGGCAGAUUCAACCUCCUUCGCCCCGCUGUAGAAGCUGUUGAACCUGCUGUAGUACCUGCUAACCGGAGAGGAUAAUAUAGGAAGGGACGCCCCGAUGGACGCGAGCAGGAGAGGCUCACAAGAUGAUUGACGGCCAUCCCAACCAGCGGCUGAUCUGCUGAAGUGAAGGAUUUUAAAGAGACCGCAGCAGAACUCCUCAUUGGAGCUCCAUACCUGCGCUGCUCCAGGUGGAUUGAAUACAGAAGUGAAUAUCCACUGAAUUUUCAGUUGAUUUGUGUAAACUAAAGAGGAUAGUUGGACUAAAACUGAGGGACAGCGGAAGAGGCUCUGUCCAUCAUAUCCUCUUAACAUCUUUAUUAUUAUCAUCAAACUGUGACGUUUAUAUAAUCAUAAUUGUGCUUGUAAAACCUAAACAAGAGAUCAGAUUUUCUCCUUUGAGGACUAUUUGCUGCUUCUUCUCAUCUCUCUCCCCAACUGCGCAUCAAUUAAAAUUACAACCUGCCUCUUCAAAGCAAGUGUGACAUGGCACUGUACUAUUUUAGCAUGACCUAGUGCUUGCAUGGGGAUCCAGGAUUGCUUUUGACUUCCAAGGAGGACCCUUAAGCUCCCAGCCAUCCUCUGACUGCCUGCCUGCCCGCCCUACUGUAGCAUUUGGGUGUGGAGGGUUUGUUUCAGAAUUAAACCUCUGGACACUCAAUGAAGAUGACUUAAGUUGGCAGGCCUGAAAGCUCCAUACCCAGAAAGAGAGAACAAGCUUGGCAGGAGGACUAACACCCACCCAACACACACCAAUGUGGACGCUGUGGCGGCUUUGAGCCAUGCUGAUAUUGCUACUUGUGGAGCCCUGGAGAACAGGCUAUCAUCAUCCCUAUCAUCUUUCACCCAAGCUGAGGAAGAUUCAACAGCCCAAAGGAAAGAGGCUACACAUCUGAGCGAUUCAAAGAAGACUGUGAAACUGUGCUAACACAGAGAGAUCCAAAGCAGCAUCCUCAAUCACACGCACAGACACUCUAAUACUCUUCUCCACAAAUCCCUGAUACAGGAAAAACAAAGCUGCGGCGGACGUGAAAGACACAGAGACUGAGCAGGUCAGGAACCAUUCACCAACAUGGCAGCCGAAAGUCUUGCUGAGCUCCGCGAUUGGCUCUUUCUCCUCCUCCUGGUCCUCACCUUAUUGGCUGAGGUGCUGGAGCUGGCGGCAGCUGCAAUCGCCAUGGAGACAGGCGAGGGAGAUGAGGGAAUUGUUUGUCCCUCCGUGUGUCGCUGUGAUGAAGGUUUUGUCUACUGCAACGACCGUGGCCUGAGCAUAAUCCCUCCGCUGCCAUUAACGGCUGCUAUCCUCUACUUGCAGAGCAACCGGCUGAGCAACGCCGGGCUGCCACAGUCACUGGAACGCAGCACUUCUAUACGAGUGAUAUACCUUUACGCCAACCAGCUGGAUGAGUUUCCGAUACACCUUCCUCCGUCCCUAAAGGAGCUUCAUUUGCAGGAUAAUAAUAUACGAACGUUACCACGAUCAGCUUUGGCCAAGUUACCAUUAUUAGAACGUUUACACCUGGAUGAUAACUCAAUAUCAACAGUUAGCAUCCAGGAUCGAGCUUUUUCUGGGACUCCAAGGCUACGACUGCUGUUUCUGUCUCGGAAUCACCUGUCGAGCAUUCCAGCAGGCCUUCCCGCGUCACUGGAAGAGUUGCGACUGGAUGACAACAGGAUCAGCACCAUCCCAACGCAUGCCUUCCGUGGUCUCUCCUCCCUGCGACGUCUGGUCCUGGACGGAAACCUGCUGGCCAACACGCGGAUCGCAGACGAUACCUUCUCUCGUUUAUCUAACCUGACAGAAUUGUCGCUGGUCAGGAAUGCUCUACAGUCACCGCCAGUCAACCUGCCUUCAGCUCACCUGGUUCGACUACACUUGCAAGACAACGGGAUGACCCACAUUCCAAGGGCAACGUUGGAUGGGAUGAAGCACCUACAAAGGUUGGACCUGUCAGGAAACAAUCUGACCAGUCUGCCACGAGGGAUUCUGAGAGACACCGAAAGCCUGGAGUUACUGCUGCUUCGAGGAAACCCCUGGAACUGUGGUUGCAAUCUUCGCUGGCUUCAUUCCUGGUUGCAUGGCCGUGGGUCAGCAGUGACAGUCAGAGGCCUUGUCUGUCAGGGGCCAGAGUCUGUACGGGGCCAGUCGCUCAGAGAUCUAACAUCACUAAUGGAGCAGUGUGAAGGCCCCCCAGCAGGUUCUAGUCCUGGAGAAGUGGUGAACCCAGUCGAAAAAAAUGGAGGAGGUGAAGAUGAUGUUGGAGAGAGUCAAGUAGUCCCUCAUGGGACCACCACAACUGCCCCUCUGUUGGUCCCCACACAAGGUUCUCUCUUCACUCUGCGGCCUAAGUGGCCAGGUCUCAUUAUGCCCCUGCCUCCGGGGGAAGGUGGACAAGUAUCUGGAGAGGCCUUUGAGUUGACUGUUAAACCUCUCUCUUCAGACAGUGUCCUUGUGAGUUGGCUGUACCCACAGCCAGCACCCUCCUUCCGCCUGUCAUGGCUAAGAAUGGGAAGCAGCGUAGCUCUGGGCUCAAUGACAGAGACUUUGGUUGCUGGAGAGAAGAGGCAGUACCUCCUUAACCAGCUCACUCCACGUUCCCGUUACCUCAUCUGCCUUCUGCCACUGCGACAGGAGGUCUCCUUUGGGGGAUCCAGCAUGGGCUCAUCUCGUGCUGGAGGCAUGGACACAGAUAGUAAAGACUCAGCUCCAGCCUGUGCUCAGAUAGAGACUGGAGAUGUCAGCUCUGGAGGGGAUGGUGCAGACAAAGAGGGACAGGACUCUGAGCUAACAGCUCUGCCACUGGCUGGAAUUAUAGGGGGUGCCACAGCAUUGGUGAGCUUGCUUCUCAUCUUUGCCAUCUUCUGCUGGUAUGGACAGAGAUCAGGUUACAUGUCUGGGGACUCGGGUUCAUACAGCAGAGGCCGGGGUGGAAAGCAUUACGAUGACUACGUAGAGUCAGGCACCAAGAAAGACACUUCCAUCCUGGAGAUCAGGGCCCCUCCUGCAGGCUUUCAGAUGACAGCUAUGGCCCAUCAGUCCCUGCAGCCUAAGCUGGAGGACGUUACCUACAUCCACACCAUUUUCCCUUCCUCCUCCUCCUCUUCCUCCCAAGCUAAUGGGACCUAUCGGAGCAGCCAUGGAGCUGGCAGUCUCAAUGGCACUAUCCUCAGCCAAGCCAGCCACCAUCAUGUCACUUAUGGCACCAACCGUGGCUACAGAGAGGGUGGCAUCCCUGACAUAGAUUAUGCCUACACGUGAUGAUGCAGGUCAUAAUCCCUGAGCUACCAGAGCCCUGUUGGCUGGUGGCAUUUUGCCCUUGGUUUCCAAAGUACCCUCUGUGCCUCUGAUGGUUCGAUUCUGAUUGGUUUGCUUAGUAGAUGAUGAUGAUGAUGGGACAAUGUUAAUAAGCAACAGAAGUAAGAGUCCCACUAUACUCUUCUGCUGUAUCCUACAAAAUACAGUAGGCUCUUCUCUCAGCACUGCUUAUUGUUCUAAAUGGUUAUGUUUCCUCUUUUGGAUAUCUCAGUGUCUUUCAAACCUACUGCUCUUCUCAGCUCAUAAUAAUACACGGUAAAUUAUUUGAGGUUGAUAUACUAGGCUUAGCUGAUUUAGCAGGAGAUAUAUUUAUAAUAUGAGGAAAAGGCACUUGAUGUGUAUAGAGAUAGCGCUCAUAUCUUCCUUCCAACUGUAAGCUCUGUGCUGUAUAGAUAAAACGGGUGACAGAAAGGAGAAAUCAAUGGUUGUUAUAACCCACAGAUGACAAUGCAUCAUGGCUGACAUAAAAAGAUGUGUUCCUUGCUCCCUUCUUUCCUCUGGUUUACUUCCCCCCCUCCCCUUUUAAUUUUUCCAUCUUUCCGCCUCUUUUUUAGUUUUGUUUUUUUUUCCUUUUUUUAGAGCUGAAGCUCUUUUCCUUUCAUUCCUCUCGUGUCUUUUGUGGUGCUGUGAGCAGAGGACGACUUUGUUCUCGCCAAAGGAGCUGACAGCAGUGAUAACAGCUCUGACAGAGACGGGAGACACAAACCACAGCAUGGGUAGACUAAUGAGUGGGAAAGAGAGGGGGAAAGUGUGUGUGAGGGGGUGAUGGAUAGAUGGGUGGAUGGAGGAAAAGAAGAUAAAAGACGACAAGGGGAAAAAGAGAAGGGUGCUGGUUUGGGUGGGGGGAAUGUAGUCUCUCUGAGAGGUGGCUUGCUUAUGGCAGAGAGCGAGGAAGGAGAAGAAAGACACAGGAGUUAAGUUAAAAAAGGGCGUGUGACCAAUGAAGCGGCAGGAGGCAAAAAAGAGGACAAAAGGAAAAGAAGAUCGAGGGGAAGAGGGCUGACAACUGGAAUAAUGUGACUUCUUCAUCUUAAAAAAGGAUAUAAUUUUGCCCGCAGCGUGGCCACUGCUUCCAACAAACAUGAGCGAUAAAAGACUGCAUGAUUCUGUCAAAAACUUGAUUGAACUUUGUUUGAUUUAUAGAGCGAAGAACAUUUCAAUAAAUAAAACAAAGUGAGGAAGAGGCAAGAAAAACAAAAGGCAGAAUAAUCUCCAAACAAAAAAAAUAUUCUGAAUUAAGAAGAACAGUAUGAACCCAGUUUUUAAUUUGGCUUGGUCUUAUUAUUAAAUUAUCUUUCACACAGUAAUGAAAGAAACUAAUCAUGCAUCUUAUAAUAGUAACCCAUUUAUCUUCAAGAGUAAGGCCAAACUUUUUUAUUUGGCAAUAACUUGGAGCAGCAGAUCAUUUUUGUGAAAGAAAUUAUAAUGACUGAGCUCUUAUUACUCACAUUAUGGAGCUUGGGGUUGAUUAAAGACGUUUGUUUUCUUUCUGUUGUUUUUAUUGUGAUUCAGGAAAAAUAAAGAGGGGGAACAUACUAAUAAAAAAUAUCUAUUAUAUUAAAUGUGAUUUUGCAUUCUGAUAUUCAUGUGUUCUCCUACAGCCUGGUUGAUCAUACAAAAACCACAAUAUUUUUGAACGAUCAACUACCAUGGGACAUUAAUUAAAAAAAACACUUCUCAAAAUACAAAGUUUUCAAAAUGCUGUGGAGACAUCAUAACAAAGUAGGACUUUUUCAGUUUGUUGUGUUUCUC